AUGCAACAAACAGGAGCUUGGGCUUUAAGGAAGAGUUUAAGUACCCCUGUUGGGACAAAAACUACGUCAAAUCAAAGCCUGAAACCACAACCGUUCAUUUCGAAUGAUCACAUCAUGAACGACAAUAUAGAAAAUGAAGUGCAAGGAAAUUCUAAUAUCAAAAUCGGCAAGAAGCAGGACCUCUCUAUUUCCGACAAGACACCUCAAAAGACUCCCAAUUUCAAACGAGUGUCUUUCAGUCUAAAGAAAAAUGCUUCUUCAAGUCAAACACCAGCCAUCACCACAGAGAAUCCAACCGAACAAAAUCGAUUGGAAGAAAUAGCUUCACAACAGUCGCCCAACGUCUCGCCCGAUAAGUUCUCCUUCACCGUCUGUUGCACUUCAACACAAAAGAAUUACAAAAUUCUCAUCAAACGCAAAGAUGUCAACAAACUGAAAGUGUCGAAAAUUAAAUCGAAUUUAUUCCGAGUUGUAAACAUCCCUGUGGAGGAACAAGCACUCUAUGCACCAUGUGAUACACUAUCGGUUAAACCUCUUGAUGAUGCUGUUACGGGAAGAAUGUUAGAUUUGAACGAAAACACCAUACUGUUUCUUGUGCACAUUUCUCAACAGGAUAUUUUCGAACAGCAAAUGACGGCAAAUAUUGAAGCACAACAACAAAGGAAUGGCACCAUUUUAAAUCCAUCUUUGGAGACAGAAUUUGAAACAACUGCUACAGCAUCUAUUAAGGAUGAAUCAAUGCUUCAACUUUCACCACAGAUGCAAACUAAGAAAGAGGAAGAACCGUCUCAAGAUUACUCAUUAAUCAAAGAUCUAUCAACAGUUACUACUACGUCAGAAAAAAACGUGCCACUUAAUAAUUCAACGAAAACAAUGGAAAAUUUACCUAAAGAAGUUUCAUUGUCAUCAAUGGUAACACAAGAAUCAACAUUGGAAAAAGAACGAGAAUCCAUGAUCACGCUCCUCAAAAACCAGUUUUUGGAAGAAAAGAUGCAACUGGCGAGAAAAUAUGCAAUAGAAAAGAAAGAAAUUCUUCAGAAAGCCAAUGAAGAUAGACAAGAGCUAAUGAUGGAAAAUACUCGGCUUAGAAAAGAGUUAUUGCAGUUCGCAAACAUGUCCACUGUUAAUCCUUCAACCAACCAUUUAGUGACAUCUAUUCAACAGGAGGAAAUUUUGAAACUACAAUCCAUACUGUCGGAACAUCAACAGGCCUUAAUUGAGAAGGAUAAAAUUAUUUCAAAAUUGGAAAAGGAGAUUUCAAACCUUAAAAAAGCAGCAGAGACAGACUCUCAAGCUUGGAAGAACAGACUGGAACUCGAAAAACAAGUGAGUUGGAAUCGCGAAAAGGAAAUGAUUUUAAAAAACUGGGCUGAAGAGAUUGAAAUUUUAAAGCUUUCUCAACAACAAGAAAGAAUAGAAGCUCAAAAUAUUAUUGAUCAAGUGGAGACCGAACUCCAAGUUGCCAAUAACAAAAUUGAAUGUGAUCGAAAAUUUGUUGAAUCAGCAGAUCUGGCGUUGGAGACGUUGAAAAAUCAAAUUGCUAAACUUUCUCGAGGAGACUACGAUACUGCGACAUUAAUGAUGGAAGCUGCAAAAGAAAAAGCUCUGAUCGAGAAACGGUUUAACGAUUUACUGAUCAGCUAUUCUUCUCUAAGAGAGUUAAUGGAUGAAGAAGUCAAGAAACGUAAACAAUUGCAUAACCUUGUGGAAGAUAUGAAGGGAAACAUUCGAGUAAUUGUACGUCUCAGACCAUUACUUGAGGAUGAACAACCUACUGACUUGAUGCAGGGUCGCUUGGAAAUCAAGGAUGACAAUACAAUCAUUGUCGCCACUCAAAAUUUUGGAUCUAAAAGUCAUGAAUUUUACAAAGUAUUGGAUGAAAACUCCACUCAAGAAGAUGUAUUUGAACAUGUAAAGCCAUUAAUUCAAAGUGCUCUUGAUGGUUAUAAUUUAUGCAUUUUUGCAUAUGGACAAACAGGUUCUGGAAAGACCUUUACAAUUCAUGGUGACAAGGUACAAUACGGAUUGAUACAACGAACUGCACGGUACUUGUACAACACACUGGAGAAGCAAACAGGAGCAAGAAGAGAAACCUUCUCAAUAUCUUGCAGUAUGGUGGAAUUGUAUUUAGAUAAUUUAUAUGACUUGUUCGAUGAAUCUGUUUCAUUGAUUGACCCACAACAUCGCUUCUCAAAUGUAACUGCAACUCAAAAGAAGAAACCUCAAUUACGACAAUCAAAAAAUGGAAAAAUGUCUGUCACUAAUUGUACUGAAAUAAUGGCUCGCACUCCUGAAGAAUUACUGACUCUCAUCGACGAAGGUAAUGAAGCAAAACAAGUGUUUAAAACAGAAAUGAAUGAUCAGUCCUCUCGUUCACACACAAUAUUUACCAUAAAACUAAUCAUUGAGGGCACCACACAACCCAACUCAUUGAAUCCAAACGGAAAGCAUUACAGAAAAGAAAGUAAGAUUGCAUUUGUAGACUUGGCUGGUUCUGAAAGAGUCUCAAAAUCCAAUUCAACAGGAGAACGUUUUAAGGAAGCUCAACAUAUCAACAAGAGUCUUUCUUCACUGGGAGAUGUCAUUGCAGCACUUUCUGCCCAUCAAAAACAUGUGCCUUACAGAAAUUCAAAGCUUACCCUCAUGCUUCAAGAAAUGAUUGGAGGAAAUUCCAAGACACUCAUGUUUGCGAACAUUUCACCUGAUCGAAAGAGUAUUUCUGAGACCAUUUCAACCUUGUCGUUUGCCUCUCGAGUGAAAUGUGUUCAGAAUCAUCCCAUUCUUUCCAGACAGGUGGUUGCAACAAGCAAUGACGAUACAAGUUCUACGUGCUUAUAA